GAAGCGCAGCCGGGGCAGAGCGGCCCCGCAGCGGCCGGAGCCGUGCGGUCGGGGGUGGGCAGUGCCAGACAAGCCACGUGUGCUGAUGAGGAGCAGGGAGAUGGAUCGAGGCAUCAGCGUGGAGAACCCCUACGCCAGUGUCAACAUCCCACGGGAGCAGUUCCAGCAAAGCUUCAUCACUCGUUACCUGAAGGAUGAGCCCACCAUCAUUGCCAACCCCGCAGCCGUGCCCACCUACGGCACGGAGGAGAAGGCAGACUCUGCUAAUGGCUGGAACAGCCCAACCAUCUCCACAGAUAAGUCCUGGUCCCGUCCCUACAAUCCCUAUGCCAGCCUGAGGAUGCCCAAUGGGGAAUCGUCUGCCUCCUUCUACACUGUCACCCUGGACAAGCCCCCCAAGGCUCAGGAGCAGGGCACUGGCAGGCGAUGUGGCUGCUGGAGCUGGUGCCCCUGCUGCCCAAAGUGCUGCUGUGUCAUCUCCUAAGGGCUUUCCCUGCACUAUGGGACAUGCUGACCAUGGGAUGGGGCCUGGUGAUCCCACAGGGACGAGGCUGCUGGACUGGGUACCCCGGGGAUCUGCCCCUGGCACCUGGCAGAGCUGGCAGCUGGGAGCUGGCACUGGUUGGACUCUGACAUUGCUUUUCACCAGUGAGCUCUUCAGCCAGAUAACCUGGUAAUGGGCACCUGCCAGGUCCUGAGAGCCCAGUGUGGGGCCCAGGAGCCCUGAGGAUGAUGUGUGCCAGGACAGACGCCACCAAGAAGUGCCUGCAGUGGGGACAGGGCAGCACUUUGAGCCUGCAAUCCUGUACACUGCCCCUGCCAGUCUCCCCUGGCUGGGAAAUCUCCACUUCUGGGAAGGUGCAUGCGCUGCCUGCAUGCCAGUGGAUAGGUUUGGAUGAUGGCAGUCCUGUGUGCAUGGCAGAGGAGGACAUCGUGACUACCUUGGAGCAGCAGAAAGGAGCCAGGGACAUGGCUCCAGGUGGUAGGGGGACCCACCUUCCCAGAACUGAGUCAUCUCUCCAGCACCCAGCAUCAUGGGGAUGCUGCAGCACCCUGUGCCAAGCUCCAGCUCCAGCUCCAUCUGGGUCCUGCUCAGGGCAGCACCUCAUGGCUCAGCAUGGAUUAGGCAUUAACAUCCCAGUGCCAGGAAACCCCCAACCCCAUUCGGUUCCUCCUGCCAGGCUUGAGAGCACUGGACACAGCCUCUCACUCCAUCUGCAUCCCGGAGCAUUGGGACUGGGUCCAGUGCAGAGGCCUGGCCCAGCUCCAGCAGCAGGGUGGCACUGGGGGGCACCUUACUGGGCAUGCAGAUCCCCAGCUUUUGCCUUCUGCAGCCCACUGAGCAUGGAGGAAGGUGAGCGAGGAGCUGUCUGGCUCUUCUCAGCACCCUGGGGCGGCUCCAGGCUGGGAUUCAUCUGGGUCUGGCACCAUCGACCUGGAACAAGCCUGCCAUUGUGCUGACAUCCCGCCAUGGUGUUGACGUCCCUCGAUGGUGCUGGAAUCCCUCCAUGGUGCUGGAAUCCCUCCAUGGUGCUGGAAUCCCUCCAUGGUGUUGGCAUCCCAGGGGCAGUGGUGCUGCUAGCUGGCAGCUGCUCAAGCACCGUGGCUGCUGCAGAACUGCCUGGUCUGCGGGAGCAGGGGCUUGGGAAGGGUGCCUAUGUUAGCAGAUGACUUCAGGGUGCUGCAAAUAAAAUUACA